AUGGCACCAGGUAAACAAGACAACGCCGUCAUACACCAAUGCGAUGAGUGUACGGUGGCAUACACCAGCCGGCGACACUUGGAGCGUCACCGUAAGAUACAUGCCAAGCUGAGAGAGCGAGAGAAGGCUAGACGGCGCAAUCACAGGUGUGUCCAUUGUCGGCGUAAAUACGCGACCGACGAGAGGCUCCAAAUACACAUCAACGACUACCACUUCAAGGAGACUGAUGAGCGAUUCGCUUGUGCGCGCUGUCUGCUUUAUAAGAUGCCGUGCAAGGGAGCUCCUUGCAAAUGGUGCAAAAUCGAUGGUAAAGCUGCAGAGUGUGUCAUUGCGGUUCCGCUGCCUGCUGUACCGGUACCUCCUCCUGCUACAUCUCCACAGCAGCAGGAACAGGCAGAAGAAAAAGGGCCACAAGAUGAUACACCGAUCCAACAAGGAGCGCUAGGGUCAACUUCUGGCCAUGUUUCUGCUGGUUGGAGCACGCCACGCCCGAAUAGCCCAACGGAUAGCAUCCUAUCUCUCCCCCCUCGGCCACGCCCGAAUAGCCCAACAGAUAGCAUUCUGGCUCUUCUCUCCCAUCCACUUCCUCCCAUGGAUAUUGAUACCAGUGCGGACAGCCUGUCUUCCAGAUCAGCCGCUCCUGGAGAAGUCAAUGUCCGAGCUGGUAGCCUUAGCUGGCUGGACUUUGAAGUGGCGUAUCUGAGCCCGCAGACGCCUCUCAUUCAAAGACUUAUCAACGAUGAUUCCCAUUCACGCAGUCAAGGGGACUCUGGUGAUGGAAUUCCUCUUGAUGCUUCCCUGGUGGCAGCACUAGACAGCCUGGGGCUUCUUUUCAAGGAACCCUGUAUUCCUCAGAUUCUGGAGCUAUCCGAGCUCGGCCUCGUACCUGGAAUCGAGCUGCUAAGGCAACUUGUCGAUAAUUACUUUCUCAAGUGGCAAAAGAUCCAGCCUGUUUUUCAUGUUCCUACCUGGGAGUUUGCGAAGUGCCCAAUGGUGGUGCUCGGAGCAAUGGCCUGUAUUGGCGCAGUCUUCGACGAGGAUGAUGAAGUCGUCUACCAGGCGCAUCACAUCAGCGCACGGUGCGUCUCGGAGCUCAACAUCAUGGCUACUCGCCGUACUGGAAAUAGCCGCGAUAUAAUGCAUUUGGCUGCCAUUUGUCUUCACCAGGCAUAUUUGCUUGGGUCCGGUGACGAAAACAUCCACAGCCAGGUUAACGGAGUCCGCAGCUUUCUCAUUGACAGUCUGAAAAGUCUGAAGCUGUUGGGUUCCGGCAUGAGUGGCCGAGAUGGGCCAGCUCAGGUGCACGUGGCACCGACUCGAUCAGAGCAGGCCGAAUGGACCGCAUGGGUAGCACGAGAGCUCGAAAUCAGAACGACGUGGGCUGUGUUCGAGUUUGAUUGCAGUUUCUCCCUUCUCACCAACAGCCCCUGUGCCAUAGAUCUGAGAGAUCUACCCCUGAGAUUCCCAUGCUCCGAUGAGUUAUAUAAUGCUCCAGAUGCGGAAUCUUGGGCCGAUCUCCGAUUCCAAUCACCAUUUCGUGAUGAGGGACCACAGGUAUCAACUGUCGUGGCGGCGACGGCGGCAAAAAAGGUAUUGUCGGAUCAUAUCUCUCCUUGGAGCAAACGUCUGUGCACCCAGGUGUUGGAGAGGAUUUUGAGAGGGUACGUGAGGCAAACUCAACGAGAUAGCACUAUUGCGGCUGCCCGGCAUCAUGGCCUGGAUCUGGGAUCUGCUACCACAGAGAGGGCAGAGUCAUUGCUUUGGUCCAUCAGCUUUUUGGGCAAGUCCGUACAUGAUGCUGCAAUCUCAAAACCUCUGUCAACGAUGGACCUCUUCAAUUUCAGGCAAGUCGCCCUUCAGUCGGCAGAGAAUUGCGUCUUUGACAAUUCGCUGACUUUAAUCCAUAGCUCAACCAUGUUGAUCCGCCAUCAUACUCACUUGACAGUGUACUCGGAUGUCAUGGACUUGAUAACGUAUAUUGCUCGUGCAGCCGCUUCGCGCCAGUCACCCAACUGCCGCACAUCCUUGCGCUGGGCGCAGCAAAAGCUGAUUGAACAAUUCGCACAGCGCCCACAUAAAUCUCGACAGUAUGUGUGGCACGCUGGCCAGAUGAUCAGAAUAGCAAAGAUAUAUGCAAUGUUUGUACCUUGCGACAACCUGCGCAUCUUUACGGCAUAUCUCACCAUACUUGCGUUUGCAAAAUACGGCCCCCGAUCUCUAAGAGAUGUAGAAGGAGUUGAACCAUUUCAUGUAGACAGAUGGCCUCAGGAUGAGAAAGACGUCGAGAAUUGGCUUCAAUCCGGCGGCCCGGCCCAGAUGGGGUCUUGUACAGGUAUCCAGGUCGGAUGUCGAACUGAAAAACUUAUACAAGAAUCGUUCCACAUGCUUCACCGCCUGGAACACUGGGGAAUCUCUGAGAGGCUCUUCAACGUCUUGCUUCACUUUAAUAACCUCGACGUCCUUGAUUGA